CUACCCGCGCGCUCUAUGCUCCUAGCGCAGUGGAGGGGACUGGAGGAGGAGGAGCCCUUUACCGCCGGCUCGCAGCACGCCCGGAAGCGCGGUGCUGGGGGAGCCGCUCUGCGCUGCGUGCUCUAUGGUGGCGGUGCAGCGAUGGCGGUGGUGGUGCUGCGGCCGCUGGAGGCGCGGGCCGCUGAGCUGCCGCCCGCCGUGACAGCGCUGCUGUUACUGGCUCCGGGGCCAGCGACCGAGGCGCUGGGCGGCGCGGGGCCGGGGCUGGUGCUGGCCGUGCGGCCCGCGGGCCGGGGCGGGGCGCAGCCUGUGCUGCUAAGCGCGGCAGCGGGGCCGGGGCGGCGGCCGGAGCUGUGGGUGCGCGGGGCGCUGCUGCGGCGCCUGGGGCUAGCGGCGGGCGGGCGGGUGGCCGUGUGGCCAGUACGCCGCCCGCCGCCGUUGGUCUGGGCACUGCUGGGCGCGGGUCGGGGCCCGGCGCUGGGGCCGGGACCGGUGCUGGCGCGGCGUGGGGAGGUGCUGCCGGGGCCGGGGCCGCUGGUGCUGGAGGUGCGGCCGGCACUGCAGGGGCUGCUGGGCGCUGGCACACGGCUGGCGCGGGCUGAGCUGCGGGGCGAGGCGGAGGCCGGCACUGUGUCGGGCCCAUCGGUGCCGGUGCCACUGGUGUCGGGCUUUGCGCGGGGUGGGGGGGUGCGGCCUCUACGGGCAGUGCGCGGGGAGCCAGCACCCUGGGGACUGCCUGAGGAGUGGGGCAGGGCAGCGAGCGCGGCGCUGUGGGUGCCUCGUGGCACUCUGUGGGGGCUCGGCCUCUUCCAGGGGGAGUGGGUGUGGGUGCAGGGCCCUGCGGGCACUCACCUGGCGGCCGUCGGAGCCCUGCAUCCCCCGUGGGACUAUCCCUGCCAGCUGCCAGGCAGGGGCCUGCCCAGUGGCAGUGCCGUGGUCUCUGCCGCGCUCGCCUUCAACCUGGGCUGUGACCCUGCCGCCAGCCAGGCCCACCUCACCAUUCAGAGGUAUGGAGAAGCUCUGGAUACCGAGGAAACAAAAGGAAGCCGGUCCUUGUUGUCUGUACCACCUUUUGCCAAGGAGCUACACAUAGAGAUUAUAUCCUCACCAGCCUACAGCACCAGAGGAAUCUAUGACCAUAUUCUCUACCAGCACUUUGAAACCCCAAGGUUGGUCCAGGAGGGGGAUAUCCUGUGUGUUCCAGCUAAUGGACAUCCAGAGUUCUUGGAAGGAAACUUUGAGAAAUUUCUUAGAUGGCCAGAGCUCUACUUCAAAGUGAAGAAGAUAUUAGGAAUGGUGGAAGGAGAGCAGUCUGUGGGGUUCCUAGCUGACACCCGGAACACUUCCCUCUACCUGAUGGGUUCAACCAACAGUCCUAUCCCAUCUUACCCAUGCCGUGCUGGCCAUGAAUUUUGGAGCAGUUUGUCUCCCCCUGGGCUCUCUGAUAUUGUGAAGUGGCUCUGUGAUGCCCUGCAACCUCACCUGCACAAUGGGGGGAUAGCGCUAAAUGGAGCAGGCAGCGUUCUCCUUUCAGGACCCAGUGGUGUGGGGAAAAUGACAGCUGUCAGAGUUGCAUGUAGCUGCCUUAAUCUCCAUCUGUUCAAGGUGGACUGUGUCAAUCUCUGUGGAGACACCAGUGGAGCUACAGAGGUGAAGCUACAAUCUGCUUUUGCACAAGCUGAGCUCUAUCACCCAUGCAUCCUCCUGCUGAAGGACAUUGAAUUGCUGGGCAGAGACCGAGAUGGGGUGGGAGAGGACUCCAGAGUGAUCUCCACUCUGAGGCAUCUCCUCCUGGACAGAGACCCUGGACUAAGCAACCCUGUCCUGGUAAUUGGCACAACAUGCAGAUCACAGGAUGUCCCUGCAGAUGUACAGACAGCUUUCCUUCACGAGGUGGCAAUUACAGCCCCUUCAGAAGAGCAGAGGAAGGCCAUUCUGAGCAUGCUUACUGCCAGCCUGCCGCUGGGGAAAGAAGUGAGCCUGGCCAAACUGGCACGCAGAAGUGCGGGCUUUGUGCUGGGAGAUUUCUGUGCCUUGUUGUCCCACAGCAGCCGUGCCGCCUGCUCCAGGAUUCAAACCUCAAGUUUUCCAGGGGGGCUGAGUGAGGAAGAGGAGAGAGAUUUUUGUGCUGCUGGGUUCCCAGUUCUAGAGGAGGAUUUUAAUGUUGCGUUGGAUCAGUUGCAUGAUGCCCAUUCACAUGCUGUGGGAGCCCCAAAGAUCCCUUCAGUCUUCUGGCAGGAUGUGGGUGGGCUCCAGGAGGUGAAGAAGGAGAUCCUGGACACCAUACAGCUGCCCCUGGAACACCCUGAGUUGCUCUCAUUCGGGCUGCACCGCUCUGGUCUCCUACUGUAUGGACCUCCGGGGACAGGAAAGACCUUGCUGGCCAAAGCUGUGGCAACUGAGUGUACCAUGACUUUCCUCAGUGUGAAAGGACCGGAGCUAAUUAACAUGUAUGUGGGGCAGAGUGAAGAGAACGUUCGUGAAGCAUCCUGCUCCUAUUGCUGGCAUUGCUUUCUUUCCGAGAGAGCCGCAUUCCUGGUGUUUGCCAGAGGCAGGGCAGCUGCUCCCUGUGUUAUCUUCUUUGAUGAACUGGAUUCCUUGGCACCCAGCCGUGGGCACAGUGGGGAUUCAGGAGGUGUCAUGGAUCGAGUUGUCUCCCAGCUGCUGGCGGAACUUGAUGGCCUUCAUUCCACCCAGGAAGUAUUUGUGAUCGGAGCCACAAACAGACCUGACUUGCUGGACCCUGCACUGCUGCGGCCUGGCAGGUUCGACAAGCGGGUCUAUGUGGGUAUGAAUGAAGACCGGGAAUCUCAGCUGAGAGUGUUGAUUGCCAUCACAAGAAAGUUUAAAUUGGACCCUUCGGUGAGUCUCACCAGUAUCCUAGACAAGUGCCCUGCCCAGCUGACUGGAGCAGAUCUGUAUGCGCUCUGCUCAGAUGCCACGAUGCAUGUCAUCAAACGGAAAGUGGAGUGCAUUGAAGAAGGGCUAGACACAGAGAGCUCUGAUCUUGUCCUGACCAUGGAGGACUUCCUGCAAGCUGUUGCUGGGCUGCAGCCAUCUGUUUCUGACCAGGAGCUGCUUAGAUACAAGCUGAUCCAGCAGAAGUUUGCAGCCUGCUAGCAUCUAACAGGACAGGAAGGCAUGGAGCAUGUGGGACCACGUGGCUGGCACUAAUGCAGCAGGGUCUGGGAGACUACCCAGACCCAGGACAGAACCCUUAGAAGCAGGGGAGUUGUAGUCUGUUGAUCCAUGACCAAGUAUGGCACCCAGCCAGGUUAAUGGGGUAGGAUUUUUGCCAUGGAGCUGAGGCUGCUGCCAGUAUUGUGAGGGGGUGGGAGCAUCUUGGCUCUUAACCUGCUUUCUCCUUCCAGCCUUUCCCUGCUCAGCCUUGUAAAUCUUUGCAGGCACCCUCCUACCUGUGUGUUUGUCUGAUGUAUUCCACAGCCCACUCUGUACCUUUGAGGCUGGUGGUGAGAGGCAGGCCUUGAAUUUAUCUGUGGAUCACUCUGGAAAGAAAUGCUACUCCAGCUCCUGGGAGACUGCACUGGUCAGGAUGUUAUGGAGAGUGCCAGGGCUGCCCUUGCAUCUAGGGCACAGCAAGGAGUGAUGUCACAGCUGAAUGCCUGGGAAGGGGGUGGGACAGUACCAGCGGGCAUGUGUGGGUGUUUGUUGAGGCUUUGACCCUUACCGUUUCCCAAGCCCACCAUCUAGAGAGGAGUAUUACUCCUCAAGACCGAGCCUCUACAGCUGUGGGCGUGUGAGAAGAAAGGUGCAGUGCUCACCCAUUCCAGGGGCUUGGCUGGUAUUUAGAAGAUCUUUUAGGCAGCCAUGCACCUAUCUGAAGGGCCUGCGCUGUGAGGAGGGCACCAUCCAUAUUGUGUCUGAGCCAGGCAGGGAGAAUUGUGCUGCAGUGGAUGUGCAGACUGUACAAGUGCUGUGUAAAUAAAAAUGACCUGCUCCAGUUCUCUA